AGGAGCGCCUGCGCACGGGGGUUAGGCAGAACCGAGUUGCACCGACCGGCUCGGGCUGCGUGCGCCCCCAGCCACCCCGAGCUAGCGGCCCGAUCCAGGCAGCGGGCUAGCCUGCCCUCGCGGCCCCCCGGAGUCCCGGCCCCCACGGGGCGGGCUGGGGCGGCUGGCCCUGGCCCCCGAGGGAGCGAAAGGGGCGGGUGGAGAGCUCGAGCGCCCCAACCCCAGCAGAGCCCCAGCCCCCGCCUCCGGGGAGGAGAGCCUCGGGAUGCGCCCCGGUGCCUCCGCGGGGCUCUGAUCGCGAGGACCCGCCCGGGGUGCCCCGAGCCGAGAGGCCGCCGCCGCCCCCUGCAGCAGCAGCAGCGGCAGCAGCCCCGCCACGCGCCCCGCAGCUUCCCCGGGCGGGAGCUGCUCCUGGACCGGGGAACCGGGCCCCCGCCGCGCGCCCCCCCAGACCUCGCAGGAGGAGAGCGAGCCGAGGGAGUGGAGGAGCAUCCCCAGCCCACAGCGACGGCCGCCAAGAUGUCUGUGCCGAAUGUGUUGGCCAAAGCCCUCUAUGACAAUGUGGCCGAGUCCCCUGAUGAGCUGUCCUUCCGCAAGGGUGACAUCAUGACGGUUUUGGAGCGCAACACUCAAGGGCUGGAUGGCUGGUGGCUCUGCAGUCUACAUGGGCGUCAGGGCAUCGUGCCAGGCAACCGGCUUAAGAUCCUGGUGGGCAUGUAUGACAAGAAGCAGAGUGGGCCAGGCCAGGGGCAACCUCAGCCCCAGCCGGCCCUGCCCUGCCAUCCCCAGGGCCUCUACAAUGUGCUUUCGCCAGCCUCCCAAUAUGCCCCUAUGCACCCUGCCUACCAGACCCAAGGAGAUAGUGUCUACCUGAUCCCGGGCUCCAACAAGGCUCAGCAGGGUAUCUACCAGGUCCCUCCUUCAGGCGGGCAGUUCCAGUCUCCUCCGGCCAAACAGCCCCUGAUGUACCAGAAGCAGACGCCCCAUCACCAGUUCCAGAGCCCAGCCCAGGAAAUCUACCAAGUCCCCCCAUCACUAAAUCCCACACUGGACGUGUACCAGGUGCCCCCCGGGCCUGUGAGCCCUCCUCAGGAUAUCUACCAAGUGCCCCCGUCAGCUGGGAUGGGACAAGACAUCUACCAGGUGCCCCCCUCCAUGGAUGUGCGGAAUUGGGAAGGAACAAAGCCACCUACAAAGGUGGCGGUGCCCACACGUGUCGGGCAGGCCUACGUCUACGAAUCGCCCAAGCCCGAGCAGGACGAAUACGACAUUCCGAGGCACCUGUUGUCUUCAGGGACCCAGGACAUCUACGAUGUGCCCCCUGUCAGGGGCCUGCUUCCCAGCCAGUAUAGCCAGGAGGUGUAUGACACUCCCCCCAUGGCUGUGAAGGGCCCCAACAGCCGCGACCCAUCCCUGGACAUCUACGACGUGCCUCCCAGUGUGGAGAAAAGCCUGCAGCCGCCAAAUCACCAUAUGGUCUAUGAUACUCCCCCAUCUGUGAGUAAGGACGUGCCCGAUGGACCCUUGCGGGAAGAGACCUAUGAUGUGCCCCCUGCUUUCUUGAAACCCAAGCCCUUCGACCCCGCCCGGCACCCACCGAUCCUGGCGCCCUCGCCCAUCCCCGCCGCAGACCCCUACCCGGCUGCUGAUGUCUACGAUGUCCCCCCGCCCGCUGGCAAGGGCGCCCCCGCCACGGCCCCGUCCCAGGAGAUCUACGACGUGCCCCCCGGCCUGCGCAAGCUGGGGCCCGGCCCCCCCGGUUCUGUGUGUGAUGUUCCUUGGGACCUGGCCCUGGCCGGCAGCCGGGCUGCUUCUCUGGAGGCUGAUGGAGAGAGCGCAUACGACAUACCGCCGCGGGCCGACGGCAAGCGCCUGUCGGCCUCGAGUACCGGCAGCGCCCGCAGCAACCUGUCCUCCUCUUCCCUGGAUGUGGUCCCGGUGAAGGAGACGGCCGCGGGCAGGGAGCCGCUGCCCAUGGACCUGGACACGGCCGUGGAGACGCUGGCUAAGCUGCAGCACGGCGUGAGCGUGUCCGUGGCCCACCUCAUGUCCUUCGUCGGCGGCAGCGGCUGGCGGGACCCCGAUCUGCUGGAGCCCCAGAUUCCCAGCCUGCAGGCUGCCGUGGGGGAGGUGAAGGGCGCGGUGCGGGAACUGCUGGAGUUUGCCCGAGGGGCUGUGGGCAAUGCCGCCCACUCCACGGACCGUGCCCUUCACGCCAAACUCAGCAAACAGCUCCAGAAGAUGGAAGACGUGUACCAGACGCUGCUGGCACACAGCCAGGCCUUGGACAGCUGCCAGUGGGCCCCUGAGCUCGCUGGUGGCGGGGGGACAGCCCCCGGAGUGCCCGACAACCUGGACCACUUUGUCACGUGCUCCCGAGGCGUCCCCGAUGAUACCAAGCGGCUGGCUUCUUUCUUGCACGGUAAUGCUUCGCUGCUCUUCAAAAGGACAAAACCGUCCAAUGGGGCUGACCCCGAGGCAGGGAGCCAGCCGGCGCCUCCCCCCGGCCACUACCCCCAGCCCCCUGCCCCCCCCACCACCGGUACCCCCUCGGACAAGGCCAGCAGCAUCCAGUCGAGGCCUCUGCCCUCCCCUCCCAAGUUCACUUCUCAGGACUCCCCAGACGGGCAGUAUGAGAACAGCGAGGAAGGCUGGAUGGAGGAUUAUGACUACGUUCACCUGCAGGGAAAGGAAGAAUUUGAGAAAACCCAGAAGGAGUUACUGGAAAAGGGGAACAUCGUUCGUCAGGGGAAGGGCCAGCUGGAACAGCAGCAGCUGAAGCAGUUUGAGCGGCUGGAGCAGGAGGUGUCCCGGCCCAUCGAUCACGACCUCUCCAACUGGACACCCUCCCAGCCCUUGAUCCCGGGGCGGCCUGGGGGCCUGGGUCCCUCGGACCGGCAGCUGCUGCUUUUCUACCUGGAGCAGUGUGAGGCCAACCUGACUACCUUAACCAAUGCCGUGGACGCCUUCUUCACCGCCGUGGCCACCAACCAGCCCCCCAAGAUCUUCGUAGCCCACAGCAAGUUUGUCAUCCUCAGCGCCCACAAGCUGGUGUUCAUCGGCGACACCUUGUCCCGCCAAGCCAAGGCCCCGGACGUCCGCAGCCAAGUGACCCACUACAGCAACCUUCUGUGCGACAUGCUUAAGGAGAUCGUGGUGACCACCAAGACGGCAGCCCUGCAGUACCCCUCCCCCACGGCCGCCCAGGACAUGGUGGACCGCGUGAAGGAGCUGGGCCAGAGCACUCAGCAGUUCAGGCGGGUCCUGGGCCAGCUGGCCACGGCUUGAGGAGGCCCAGCCAGGGCCUGUUUCAGGGACCACAGUGGGGUGGGGUGGGAGCUGGAGCUGU